ACCCUGAAAGCCAUACACGACUCAGAGUCGUACUGAUCAAAGCCAAUCCAUACCUACUCGGUAAUGAACACAAACCCCUUGCAUUACUUUGAUAGGGUAUUAUAAAGAGUGGUUACGUGUACGUAGCUUAGCUAUCCAUUUUGGAAUUACUUGAAGCCGCCGACCUUUUCACGUGUGCACACUCCGUGCUCAUGGAUGUUUUAGAAGACUACGUUUCUCCUCCAUCUCUCCCUAGGCCUCUUGAUGGCAGCCCGGGCGUUACGGCGGUGGCCCGCGCCAAUGGCAUCAGUGGUCCAGUCGCCCACAAACUUAGGAACUAUCUACGGCAGAAGGCUCUGAAGAUGGACGCGUUCAUUGCGGAAUUAGUGAAGGCGUCCGAGUACUGCGGCGCCAAGCACGUGCAAGAGGCGCUGGUGACCACACUUGGCAUCGACGCCUUGGAGUCGAUCACACUCCUUCGUGUUCUUGUCCCCAAGGACAACAACGAGCGCCGGAACAGUAACGCCUCAUCUGUAACUGAGCCUUCCACAACCAAGCAAGUGGCCAAGCACUUGUCCUCCACCAUACCAUUGAAGUACCAGGUGGUCGUUAAGAAGGUUGCGAAGCCCGACGCCAUCAAGAUAAACAAGUGGUACACGUGCGGGCUUAAGGGCGCGGUGAAGGACACAACCGACGUUGUUGACCUUAAGAAGUUGGGGAAGCGGUGGAUGGCGGCGCUCUUCCAGUCACUGACUGGAGACAGCCUCUCAAAGGUUCAGCAGGAAGACAAGGCUACGUACGACGCUGUCUAUGACGCCUUGAAGGCGAAGCUGCAAAACGCGAUGGCAAACCAUCAGUCAGAGAAGAAGAAGUCGGACUUCUUCAAGGCCAUCGGACUGACGACUGCAGACAAGGCUAAGCUCGAGACCGUGGCGACUUUGGACGCCGUCGGUGCGACCAAGCUCUUUAAGGAGUGGGUGACUGCCCAUGUCGAGGUCAGCACUCAGCCAGCAGGCCAGGCCAACGUUAUGGAGACGCAGCAGGAGCCCCUCGGCCAGAAGAGCAGCCGCCAGGAUGGGGAUGAGGGAGACGAUGGGGACUACAGCGGGGACGAGGGCGAGGGCAGGGAAGACGACGGCGAGGGCGGGGAGGACGAGGGCGAGGGCAGGGAAGACGACGGCGAGGGCGGGGAGGACGACGGCGAGGGCGGGGAGGACGACGGCGAGGGCGGGGAGGACGACGGCGAGGGCGGGGAGGACGACGGCGAGGGCGGGGAGGACGACGGCGAGGGCGGGGAGGACGACGGCGAGGGCGAGUGCGCGGAGGAUGAGGGCGGGGAGGAUGAGGGUGGGGAGGACGGGGACUGGCCGUACGAGAGCGGGGAUUACAUGGGUGGGGAGGACGAGGACUGGGAGGACAAGGGAGGGGAGGACAAGGGAGGGGAGGACAAGGGAGGGGAGGACGAGGGAGGGGAGGAUGAGGGAGGGGAUGAGGACGAGGGGACGGGGGGCAAAGUCCUGUUCGAGGAGUACGGCAGAAGCAAAAGCCAGAAGGUCCACAGCAAGUCCGUGCCUCAACCAACUGGGCGCCGCAAGGUCCUGGUGACCGGACAACAUGACAAAGGGGCAUUGGAUGCCAGAGGGCGGCCCACACGCCUGAGGCAACCCUCGGCUAAGGCUCGGGAGAGCCAAGAAACGGUGGCCAUGGUGGUGCCUGCUCGAACCAAGCGUCCACGCCCUAAGGAAACCCCACUGGUGUUGCCGGAGGACCCAUCGGCUUUCGGGGCCACAGUGUCAAACCCCGCAAAGAGGAAGGAAUCGUUUGGUGUCGGUAACGGCCGAGCUGUACAGACCCACGGGGCUAAGGUGCAGCAGGAGAAGGGCAAGAAGGCCAUGGCAGAGAUUCGGAAGGGGGGGCUGAAGAAGCAGCGGAGGUAG